CCUUUUUCAAAAGCAACAUUACAAUCAUCAGGUUUUGUUGAUAAUGAUUCAAGAGAUAAUUUUAUUAAAUAUCCUAUUGAUCAACGUCAAAAUGAAGGAAUUAUUAAUACAAAACGAGGAAGAAUUGAACAAGUUAUUUUUCAUAUUCCACUUGGAAAACAAAUUAUUGUUUUAGAUUUUGCAGAUGAAAGAAUGCCUGGUGGUCUUUUUCUUCGUGGUGCAACAACACAAGAAGAAACAAUUUGUUAUAAUUCUGAUUUAUAUCGUGCAUUACUUGAUUUAAAAUAUAAUCGUUUUGAUGGAGGUUUUAUGAUUCCAGAAUUUGGAUGUUUACAUAUAAAACAUGUUCAAUUUUUUAAACCACCUGAACAUAAAGAAAGUCGUAAAAUCGAUAUUAUUGCAGCUGCUUGUUAUGAUUUAACACGUGAACAUGGUUUAUAUACCCCACCUGAAACCGAUGAACAAAUUGAAAUAAAUACAAGAAAAAAAUUAGAAACAAUUAUUGCAUCAGCACAAGCAAAUACAGAAGGAAAUGGAAAAGAUACGUAUCUUCUUUUAGGUCCCAUUGGAUGUGGAGCUUUUCAAAAUAAAAUUGAAAAAAUUGCCAAAUUAUGGGCUGAAAUUUUAUAUAAACCAUUAAAUGAUCAAUUAAAUACACAACAACGUCAUGCUUUUCAACAUAUUUGGUUUAUUAGUGGAACUGAUCAAAAAUUAAAAGUUUUUGAACAAGCUUUUAAUAUUGAUACCAAACAAAGAUUAUAA